AUGACGUCAAAACACUUCCUGGGGAAACGGAAUCACACGUGUAGUGUGUACUACUCUGUUAUUAACUGUGUUUUGAUGCAGCUCAUUGUUGUUACGCGACAUUAGCGAGAUGCUCAGUUUAUACAUAUUCUUAUGAAAUCGGAUCUUUAACUAGAUGCGAAUACCACAUUUAGAGCAUCUCUUCCGUACCAAUGUAGACCUUCUUUAGCUAAGCUACACAAUGGCCCGGGUGCCUGGUUCUCUAACUCGGUCUCGGACUCGAUCUGAUGCCAUGGCUGAAGUCGUAUCAGCGGAGUCGUACCCCGCUGUCCUCGAGUCAUCCCCUCCAGGCUAUGUGGAGAAAAUAUCGCGGUAUUUUGAGUCAUCGGUGGGACAUAGCAAACAGGAUAAAGUACCGGUAUGUAACGGACCGGCAGAGGCAGAAAGUGACUCGGGAGACAGCCUGUUCUUAACUCAGAAGUCCGUCCCCGAGGCUGUGAGAUCAAGACGACAACGCCGCCACAGCUUGAGGUCGACGCCCAUAUCUCCCAGGGAUCUAGAAGAGCCGUCCAGAAGCGAAGACAGUCCAUCGUCCUCCUCCCAUGAAGAAUCCAAAACGGACAAAGGGAGGAGGAGAAAGAAAUACACACUGCCAAAAUACCAUUUCCCUUUCCUCGCAAAGUGUAAGCACAGAAGCACGCUGUUACCUGUCCAGAACGCAAGCCUUCACCAUUAUGUGAUGGGAGGCUUCUUUAACUGUGUCAGAGACCUGUGGCAGGGCUAUCAAAGACCACAUCUGGAACCAUCUUUACCAACCGUUGACGUGGAUGGGCAGGACCUGUCUCCAUUAUCAGAGGAAGACGAGGAGAGGCCAGAAGAUGAAGACAUAAAAGUGGUGGAGAGGAAACAUUUUGUGGCGCCAUCAAAAGCAAAGAGCAAACAAACCUGGUGCAAGCCGGUGAAACAGCAGAGGAGGGGGGAGGCUGGUACAGAGACCCCUGAUCGCGGAGGGUCUUCAAGCCGAGUUCGGGGCCAGAGGGAGAGGAAUGAUGAACACAGAAACUUUACUCUACGUAGUAAAACGCCGAAGAGACGCCUCACCCGAGAAAACCAAGCAAGUGAUAAAGAGCCGGGCAACUACAACGAUGCAGUUUGUGAGCCGCGAAAGCCUCAGAGAAAGCACUCCACUCCAAAAACCACUGUAACAGAGCCUCAAACUGAUGUUUCCCACGUAGAAGAUCUGUUCCAGGCAGGACAGGCCGGGGACAGACCUGAAAGGCCAAGUCUCCCCCACAGUCUCUCAGAUCUCUUAAUUGACCCUAAUAAUGACAGCAUACGCGAUGAAGCCCAGGUAAAAAAGAGGAAAAAGAAGAAAAGGGGACAUCAUGGAAGUGGAGACGGAGGACAGAGCCAGAGUCAGGAAGAGCCGGGGGGUCUGCAUGCUGGAACAUCUGUAAACAUGGAUGUAGAAGAGACCCCCGGCCCGUCUGGGGAUAACAGGGCAGAGACUCCUGCAACGCAGGCUAGUGAUCAGGUGGAGUAUAAUGAAAGAAAUGGGACGGAGAACAUGUCCCGUGAUGAUAAAAUACUGAGCCAGGAGGAGAGGGACAUGCUCGAUUCAAAACACAAGAGGAAGAAGAGAAAAAAGAAUAAAUCUUCAUCAGAUGUUAGGCAGGACGUUGAUGGAAGCUUUGAGUCUGAUGUGAGAGCGGAGGAGUCAGUAUUUACAGUGAGCUGUAACAUGAAGGAUGGUAGCAAGGAGAAGAAGAAGAAGAAGAGGAAAAGUGGUGAGGAUGUUGAGCAUUUCCAGUCUGGCGCAGUUGCCGAACCCCUAAAUGACGAUGCUGAGAAACCAAAGAGGAGGAAGAAAAAAAGGAAAAAAGAAGAGGAGCUUGUAAUUCCAGAGCAAUGUGAGGAGGAGGAGGAGGAGGAGGAGGCAUCGAAUAGGACUUUAAACACGCCGCCAGUGUCAACAGACCAAUUAGAGGAGUCAGGGAAUUGUUUGGAAAGUGCUGCAGCUUCUCAAGAAACAUCCGAGUCCAGUUCUGUCAAAAGGAAGAAGCAAAAAAAGAAGCGACAGUCAUCCUCUAAUGCUGCUGCUCGAGAUGAAGAAGAGGGUGUAGAUGUGAGCUUAUGUAUGGAUGAUUCUGUAACUUCAGCUAAAGGUUCAGGGACGUCUCUGGAAAAAAAGAAGACCAUCUUUGAGGGGUUUGAUGUCUCUUACACUCCUGAAGAAAAUCCAAAAACUGUAACUAACACCCAGAAACCAAAGGAGGGUCUCGGAGAUCAAAAUGCUGAAAUGGUGACUAAGGAAAAGAAGAAGAAGAAGAAGAAAAUGAGCAGGAAGAUCUCAGAAGACACAGUGGCGCAAAGCGAUGAUUGUGUGUCUGUGCAGGAAAAGGACAGGAAGAGGGCCUCGGCCUUCCUCGUUGCUGAUGCAGAGGAAAACGAUGCCCGGGCCCAUGGGGAACACAACGCAGAAAAACCCCUCGUCAGCGCUGGUGACUUGGAGCAACUUCAUGAUGGGGUCACAAAAAAGAAGAGGAAGAGGAAGAUGUCUGAGGAGCACAACGUGGAUUGUGAGGAUCCAAACAGAACAUGUCAGGGUGCUUUGCUUGAACUCAUUGACACAGGGUUGAAAAGGAGAAAGAAACCACGGAUGGGAAAUGAAAGUAGGUCAGUAACCCCCGCGGAAAGAUUGGAAAGCACAGCUGACGUGGACGAAGGGGCUGUGGUGUCAAAAAAGAAGAAGAAGAAGAAGAAGAAAAAGCGUGAAGACGAGCCAUGCCACUUGAUCCAAGAGGGUCCUCCAACUGCCACUGAAGAUGCUGAACCAGUUAGAUCUACACUGAGGACCUGUCCCUCAGUUUCACCCAAGAAAAAAGGCAAACAUGGUCGCGGUGCUGAGGAAACUCCGGAUCUGGUUGGACGUGCUUCAGCAUCUCCAGAGACACUUGGAAAUCAGGCAUUAAAUGAUAGGACCGACGAGAAGAAGAAGAAGAAGAAGAAAAUGAAAUCCACUGAUAGUGUUGUGCUUGAGGGGAGAUCGCUGACCAAGUCUGCUGAGUCAGAGCCCCGAGAAAACAAAAAGAAGGAAAGAAAUGAGCAAUCACCUGUCCCCAUCAUAUCUGAGACUUCUCCCUCAACAUUGCAAGUGUCUUUAGACAGUAUCAUGAAAACCAAGCAGAGAAAGGUCAAGCGGAGACUGCUUAAUCCCAGCGAGGACUUCCUUACAGACUGCUAGUAUGAAGUAUGAAUUGUAGAUAGAUACAUAACUGACUAAAACGACGCCCUCUAUGUUUUUUUAGAUGGAUUGAGUGAAAAAUUGACAAUUAAGUUUUUAAUGUUUUGUAUCAAAGCAUUUUACUGACGAAGUUCUCAACCUUUUUGGUGUUGAGAUGAAAAAAUAACGACACGCCAUUAUGAUUACUUUAAUAUUUGGAGGACCAUAUCACAAGGUUAUAAAUUAAAACUACAUUAAAUGUGUGUCAUCAA